CUGGCCGGGACGGGAGCGUUGGUGCCGGUCCGUGCAGCGGUCCCGGAGCUGGGAGCGGCUCCAGCACAGGUGCUGCCGCAGCGUCCGGGCAGCGGGGACAGCGCGGGACUGAGCUGGCAGCGCCUUCCUGAGCCUCGGUGUCCCGCAGGGCCGGGACCGGCCGGGACCUGUCAUCAUGUCCCUUUCAAUGGGCCAUCCUCCUGGGGGUACAACUGUUCUUGAGGCCGGUCUCGGAAACGAUUUUCCUGAAGUCGGAACGCGUCGGAAGCUAGGUUCCGAGCACAGUGAUUCCGACUAUGAACUGGAGGAGAAUGAAAUAUCCAUUCAUACUAAACGCUCCAUUAUUAGGCAUCCAAAGUAUCUCCCGAUACUCCAAGAGGGACAGGCAGCCGGGCUGGCACACUUGCCAGGGGCACAAGAAGCCACUUGUCAUAAGAAGAAGGAUACCACUCGUGAGCGAGCAGCAAAUGAAGAUGUGGAGAAUGGAAUCUGCAGCAGCGAUGGCAGAGUGAGGGAGCCCCUGGAUCCCCAGGGCACAUCAGCAACCGGCCAUGGGCACAGAAGAUUGCCGGGCAAGAGGUUCAGCUGCCAUCCCGUGCUCUCCUUGGUGCUGAUCCUGCUCCUGGUGCUGGUGCUGGCGUUGGCGGUGGCCUUGGCUGUGCAGUCAGCAACACAGACUCCAGUUCCACCUGCGACUACUCCCGUGGUUCUGGGCUGUCCCCAUGGCUGGAUUGGAUACAAUGGACUCUGCUACUACUUCUCAAGGGAUUACAGCACCUGGGAUGAGGCUCAAGAGCGGUGCUCGGAGCUCGGGGCCUCCCUGGCCAUUGUCAAGGAUGAGGCAAUGGAUUUGCUCUUCCGCCUCGGCGGGAACGGCGAUUACUGGGUGGGGCUGCGCAGAUGGGGCGAGCACCUGCAGUGGGGGGACGGCAGCAGCUUCAGCUCCUCGGUUCCUGUCCUGGGCAAUUCCGAGUGUGUGUACCUGGCUGAGGAGAAAUUCAGGAGUGUGAUCUGCUCGAAUCCGCAGCCGUAUCUCUGCAGCAAGCCCCGAGCUCCCCUGUAACAGGGGCUGGAGAAAGGAGCUUCUCCACGCUGGGCAGUCCCAGCUUCACCUCUCAGCCCAGCUCAGGGCUGGCCUUUCUCAGCUGCACCCUGUGCCUUGCACUUGCUCUCAGGGUCACCUCAGUGCCUGUUCAUCCCCACUGCCAGCGCUGGGCUGGCUGUUCAAAGGAAAAGUCUCUGCAAUCCAUCCUGCCAGCCGUGCUAGCUGGAGUGAGGGGAUUGCCCUCACUGCACAACGAGCUGGAAUGGGAAAUCCAAAUCACCCUGGGCUGUUGGAAAUCAUCAGUAAGUGGCCUGGAGGUGAGACUUUUCGACUCUCUUUGGAAAGGAAGAACAGCUGAGAGAUUCUCAUUCCCUUGCUUUGAUUUGCUUGAUAAUUAAUAUAAUUACUUUUCUCUUUCCUGGCCCUCUAUUCCCAUGAUGGAUGAGAGAUCUCUCCUUGCCUUUAUUAAGUCCCUUGAGCCUUUCCUGAUGUGUUCCAUUGCCUGCCCAGGGUGAGGAGGAGAGGGACAGAGAAGGUUUUGGUGGCACCGGGCACCUGGCCAGGCCCAGCCCACCCCAAUCAUCCCUGCAAUAAUUCACUCCUAUCCCACCAUUGCCCGGUCCCACGGUGGGUCUGGAUUCACGGGCAGGAGCCUGGAGUGAGAGGAGGCAGCUGGUGCCAGGGGGUGAAAUGUCUCUGCUGGGAGCUGGCAGGGAGAGGAGGAGGAGAAAGUGGUGCAGAGUAAAGGGGAGAGAAAGAGGGACAAGGCUGGAGCGGUGGAAAGGGGCGGGGAUGGGCAUGGGGCAGGCGGGCAUUUUGCUUUCCAGCUCUGAGGGAGGAAACGGAAAACUGUCAAAUGCAUCAAAGAAAAGAGGGGAGAAACAGCAGGCGCUGGAUAUCGCCGACAAUUGGGAUUGAUUUCUGUGCCUGAGCUGCCAAGGCCGGCAGACUCCGAGCCCCGCCGGACGCCGCCAGCGCUGCGCUGUGUCUUGCCCUGCCCUGCCCUGGCUCAGCCCGCCUGGCCAGACGGCCCCUUGUCACUGCAAGAGCUGCACCGAGGGACAGCUGGGCUGCUGCUGCAAUGGGAUCGGGAGAAUAAAACAAACAGAAUCAAAAGCUGCACUGCCGGGUCUCCUCUGCCCGCUGUCACUAAUGGAGCAGUGCCGAGCCACAACGGAGCGGCGGUGCUGGUUAAAAAGAGUCACGGGAAAGGCUGGGAAAUGUGAAGGGAAUUCAGAAAAUGGUAUAAAAUACUCUGAAAUUACUGCACCAGCUGUGGCUGCUGCCAAAGUAUCACCAAAAAGAGCUGCACCAAGGGACCAUCAGGGUAGCAGAGGUGCUGAAAGAGCAGCGGGAAAGGCUGGGAGGAGUGACGGGAAUAGAAUAGGGAGAGACACGUGUGAAAUGUUCUCAAAGCGCUGCUCAAGCUGUGGUCGCUGCCCCACGACUGAAGGAGCUGCAAUGAGAGACCAGGGGGUGGCGGUGCUGGUUAAAAAGAGGCACGGGAAGGGCUGGGAAGUGUGGCAGGAAUAAAAUAGACAAAAUGGUGUAAGAUAAAAUAAUCAAAGAAUGCACCAGGAAUGGACACAGAUUGCUUUCACUGAAAGAGGUGCACAGUGGGACAGCCGAGUUGGCAACCUGGAAAUGGUGUGACUUGUCUUUUGCUUUCUAAAUAAUCAUCAGUGGUUAUUUAGUUUCAAGGCCAGUGGGUACAGUCAGAGAUGUCCAGAAUCAUGAUCACAAUGGGAAAAUCUGGGCUUGGCAUUACUGUGACAAACAUGAGAAAGAUCCCAGGAGUAGAGAUAGAGAUUUCCCAGCUUGCUCACAGGGAGAACACUAUCACAUUGGGACAGAAAAUGCUGAUAGGACAUCCUUUCCCACUGGUCCCCAUGCUCAGCUUUAGAUAGUGUUCUUCAGUGGUUUUAUCCAUCGAAGCAUUGCAGAGGGACACAGAUGAUUUACUAGCAUAUUAAAAAGAAGCUGAAAAACCAUGAAGGAUGAGGUUUGGGAUAGGGACAGAAGCAAAUUCAUACAUCAUGUGAUAGUUCAAUAUGGGUUCUGUGAGUAUGCACCAUAGAGGACAGCUGGAUUAAACUACAAUAUAUUCCAAAGCUGU